AUGCUCUCCGUGGCUCGCACCACAUGCCGCGCCACGCGCUCCGCCUGCGCGGCUCAGGGGCGGGCGUUCUCCGUUGCCGUUGACCCGAUCGUGGCGCGAGCUCGUGAGAUGCAGGCCACGCCGUACAGCGAGGCCAAGGAGGGAAAGAUCGUCGCCCCAGCGUACGACGGCUGGGACGCCAAUCUUCAGGCGCAGGUCGAGAAGCUGACAACGGGGAAGAAGCAGCCGCGAGCCUACUCCGAGAUCUGCGACUCCGCGCUCGACCUGAUCGGCUUCACACCCAUGGUCCGCAUGUCGCGGCUUGCGAAGUUCUUCGACAUCGAGUGCGAGUUGCUCGCAAAGGUGGAGUUCUUCAACGCGGGUGGCUCUGUGAAGGAUCGCAUAGGGAAGCGCAUGGUGGAGGAGGCCGAGAAGAGCGGGCGCAUCAAGCCUGGGGACACGCUGAUCGAGGCCACCAGCGGUAACACGGGCAUCGGCCUCUCGCUGACCGCGGCGUUGAAGGGCUACAAGAUGAUCAUCUGUCUCCCGAAGAAGAUGUCUGGCGAGAAGGUCAACACCAUGAAGUGCCUGGGCGCGGAGAUCUUGCGCACGCCCACCGAGGCGGCCUGGGACGCCGAGGACUCUCACAUAUUCUUGUCGGCCCGGCUUGCGAAGGAAUUGAACGGGCACGUCCUCGACCAGUACUUGAACCCCGGCAACCCGCUCGCCCACUACGAUGGCACCGGCGAGGAGAUCGUCGAGCAGACGGGCGGCAAGCUCGACUACAUGAUCAUGUCCGCGGGCACUGGUGGCACGGUCUCGGGGACCGCGAAGAAGCUGAAGGAGAAGAUCCCUGGGGUUAAGAUCGUGGCGGUGGACCCGUACGGCAGCAUCUUGGCUGAGCCUGCCGAGAUGAACGAGGGAUCUGCGCGCACUGGACAGAAGAAGUUGUCUGCCUACCAGGUGGAGGGUAUCGGCUACGACUUCAUCCCCACCGUGCUGGACCGCAGCGUCGCGGACUACUGGGUGAAGACAGACGACGACGAGGCGUUCGCAGCAAUGAGGGCCAUCAUUCGGCACGAGGGCCUGCUCAUCGGCAGCAGCUGCGGAUCGACGAUGGCUGGCGCGGUCCGCUUCAUCAAGGAGCAGGGCAUCGGCGCGGGCAAGCGCGUCGCCGUGCUCUUCGCAGAUUCCUCCCGGAACUACAUGAGCAAGAUGAUGGACGACGACUGGAUCAAGAAGACCGGCUUCGACCCGGAGAUCACCGUGCGGGCCGCGACGGAGAAGGGCUUCUACGCCAAGCAGUUCGGGCUCAAGGCGUAG